AUGGGAGCGUUUGCGGGCUAUCGCCGAGUGUGUUAUUACACUAACUGGUCACGUUAUCGUUAUGGACUUGGUCGAUACUUCCCUAACAAUACAGAUCCACACCUGUGUACUCACAUAGUAUUUGCCUUCGCAAAACUUGAAAAAAGUGAACUUGCUGUGUAUGAAGACGAUGAAACCCUAUAUGAAGAAAUCAACAAAUUGAAGCUCACCAACCCGAGCCUGAAGACUAUGAUUGCAGUCGGCGGAUGGAACCAAGAAAGUAUCGAGUGGUCCGAUCUCGUCUCUAAAACUAACAAAAUGAACAAAUUCAUCGUCAAAUCCAUUCCAUUCAUACGUAGACAUGGCUUUGAUGGCCUAGAUCUGGACUGGGAAUACCCCGCAUUGCGUACCGGAGCUAAUGCUACCACUGACAAACACAACUUUGCAGUUCUAUGCAAGAAACUACGACUAGCGUACGAUAGGGAAGCACGACUGACAGGACAAGCUCGACUUCUGUUGUCGGUAGCGGUAGCAGCAUCGAAAAAAAUAGUCGACGUGUCUUACGAAGUACCGACUAUAUCUAGGUACGUUGAUUUCAUCAAUCUGAUGAGCUAUGACCUGCACGGGAGCUGGCUGAUGCAAACGGGCCAUCAUUCUCUACUACAUGACAGAGGCUACAACAGCGAUAACGCAGAAGACAUCUACCUUGAUAUCGACUGGGCUGCACGGUAUUGGGUCCUACUCGGUGCUUCUAAAGAACAAAUGAAUAUAGGUCUGUCUUUCUACGGACGUGGAUUUACCCUGAAAGACCCCAAUGAUAGUGGAUUCGGAGCGCCAACCAAGGGUCCUAGCCGACCUGGUCCAUUCACCAGAGAGUCUGGCUACAUGGCAUACUACGAGAUUUGUCUGCUGUUAGCCCGUGGAGGACAAAUGAACCGGGACGCAGGCGAGCCCAUCUACAUCAAUGGCAACCAAUGGAUCGGUUAUGAUGACGAAAUCAGCAUUUCUAAAAAGGUUGCUUGGUUGAUACACGAGGGAUUUGGUGGAGCGAUGAUGUGGGCGCUUCCGUUAGAUGACUUCAAUCAAGAAUGUCCUUUGUCAAGAAGAAAAUUCCCACUUGCAAAUAGAGUAAAAGACGAUCUUUUGGCUGCCGAUUCGACUGUAACUGGUUCGGAAACAACUACAACCUCUGGACAACGUCUCGUUUGCUUCUAUGAUGUGUUAGCGGCUUACCGACCCGGCAUAGGUGCAUUUAUACCUACUGAUAUCGACUCUAACUUAUGUACACACUUGGUAUUUGCAAAUGCCAUGGUUCGGAGUAGUACUCCCGUACUUUACAGACGAAGGGUUACCGAUAUUUCAUACUAUGACGAUUUUACAAAUCUGACCAAUACGAACCCAAGCCUGAAGACACUCAUAAUGGUAUCGGAGGAUACCAAGGGAAUGGAGAUAAGUGCAAUGGCAGAAAACAGUACUUAUCGAAACUUGUUUGCCUCAUCUUGCAUACAAUUCUGUAGGAAACAUGGGUUUGAUGGCUUAGUUUUGCAAUGGACAGUGCCCAACGGUAACGACUUCCGACUGUUGAGCGAGGAUCUCAGAGCGGCAUUCCAAGCUGAAAACACAUCUGUUCCACUGCUUCUUGUUGCUCAGCUUGCUGGAGACACGAUUGACAACAUAAACACCUACUACGAUAUAAACACACUCAAAUCAACCAUCGAAACAAACUACGACUUCGUCAAUCUGCACACCUUCAGUUUGUAUGACUCUUCGCCUGUAACUGCUCAUCACAGUCGCCUUCGCGAAAGAGAUGGAUCUAUCGGAGCGGACAAGUUUCUCAACAUAAAAGCUAUUGCUGAAUAUUAUGUUUUCCUUGGAAUUCCGAAAUCGAUGAUAAAUGUCGGAAUCGCAACGUAUGGGAGAGGUUUUACCUUAGCAUCCAACAAUAACACCAGCGUUGGAGAUGCAGUCACAGGCGACAGUACUGCAGGAAAUCUUUCAGACCUAGUUGGCUUCAUGUCAUACUACGAGAUUUGUUACGCUAUUCAAAACGGCGAUGGCACAGGGUAUAGUGAUUAUGGUGAGCCUUACUACGUUCAAGAUUCUCAGUGGAUCGGCUAUGAUGAUGUUAAUAGCGUAAGGGAGAAGGCGGAAUGGGUGGUUGGCCAAGAAUACGGUGGCAUUUCAAUGUUUUCGCUCACUUUCGACGAUUACAGCCAAUACUGCAACAUUUCUGAUGUCAGCUUCCCACUAAUCAACACCAUUAAAGAUGUAUAUACCGAAGAAAGCACUCCAAAACUGUUCCGACGAGUAUGUUAUGUGAGCACAUGGUCGGAAGAUCGUCCUGGAGAUGGGCAGUUCCAGGCCCAGGACAUCGACCCGUUUCUUUGUACUCAUAUUAUUGUAGCGUUUGCCAAAGUAUCUGAUGAUAACACUCUUGAGCCAGUUGGCUCGAACUACACCGGCAUAUACGAUAGUGUUACCGCACUUCGAACAAAUAACACUGAUCUGAAGGUGUUGAUAUCCGUGGGAGGAUGGGAGCAAGGCAGUGAGAGUUUUUCUUUCAUGGUUUCACGACCUAAGAGGAGGAGGUCCUUUGUUAGCUCAGCCAUACAAUUUAUGAAAGAUUAUGGAUUCGACGGCAUUGAUUUAGCAUGGUUGUACCCAGCUCAAAGGUCAGGAUCUAACGAAGAAACCGACAAGAAAAACUUUGCAACUCUUGUUCAGUUAUUUAGGAGUGAAAUUGAUGCGGAGUCGAUUUCUUUGCUGUUGUCUGCUGCGGUGGCUGCGGAGCAGAGCCACAUUGACUAUGCUUAUGAUGUGAAAUCCCUGGCAGAAAAUGUAGAUUUCCUUAAUAUCCAGACGUUUGACAUGCAUGGUUUUUGGGAUGGAGUUACAGGGCAUCACAGUCAGCUGAGACCCUUUCCGUAUCAAACUGGAACCGAUGCCAAUCUAAACUAUAUUUGGUCAGCGGAUUAUUGGGAAAUGCGUGGAGUCGAUAAACAAAAAAUAAACAUAGGUGUCGCCACCUUCGGACGUGGUUUUAAUGUGUCUGACGAAAAUAUGGGAGCAGCGGUCGGAUUGCCUAUUGAAGGGCCAAGCCUGAAGGCACCAUUCACAGAAGAGGAAGGUUUCAUGGCCUACUAUGAGCUUUGUGAUUUACCAGCACAAGUCGCAGAUCUAGGAGAUGCAAUUAUUAAGUACGGUUCGAAUAACCUAUGGAUUGGAUACGAUGACCCAGCUGUUAUCGUUCGAAAGAUGUUGUGGCUGAUAAGCGAGGAUUACGGUGGAGUAAUGGUUUGGUCUUUGGACUUGGAUGACUUUAGAGGAAACUGUUCCCUUUCCACUGGACCAUAUCCUCUCCUUAACGCAGUAAAGGAUACCUUAAUCAAUUAUGCUGAUGGCGAUUUCCCAGAUCCUCUUCCAGUUCCAACAACGUCUUUUGACACGACAACAAUGACAGAGACAACCACGCCAAUUCCGACCACUACGCAGGAAGACUUCAUCGAUUGUAAUAAUUCUACAACCGGAGGACCAUACCCGAAUCCAAACGACUGCAGAACGUUCUACAAAUGUGUCGAUGGAGUAUCCCAUCUGUACAAUUGCCCAGGGAACACAUCAUAUGACCGUGCCCACAGAGUGUGCAACUAUGAUCGUUUUACAAACUGUUGA